GAGCCACCCCCGAACACUCUUAAUUGUAUACUCGUAUGUACACACACACUCAACUCUCUGCUCUUUAAACCAUCCAGAAAGGCAGAACCCCAAUUCCCCAUUCCUUGUGAUAAACCCUAAAGCAAUCCAUGGCAGACCCAAAUGCCUACUUCAAAAAGGGCGCCCUCGUCGAGAUCAGCAGCGACGAGCCCGACUUCCGCGGCGCCUGGUUCCUCGGCACCGUCAUAAGCCGCUCAAGAGCCAAGCAAAAGAACCAGGUCUUUGUCCAAUACCACACCCUCAUGAGUGAUCAUGACGAGACCAAGUUCCUCCGAGAGAAGGUUGAUGUGAUCCAGUUAAGGCCUCCGGCGCCACGCGAAAUGGGCCGGGCUUUUAGUCUGGGAGAGGAGGUUGAUGCUUAUCAUCUUGAUGGCUGGUGGGAAGGGGUGAUUACGAGAAUUAGUGGUCAAGAUUCUGCUGGGGGUGCCAGAUAUUCUGUGUAUUUUAGGGGGACUAGGGAGGAGCUGGAUUUUGGGGCUGAUGAGUUGAGGCUUCAUAGGGAGUGGGUUAGGGGAGAAUGGGUUCCUCCUUUCGAGUUCAUGUCAAAUACAAAUGUAGAAGAACCUUCUAAAAACGCAGUAGAGAAGCUUGGUGAAGAAACAUUUGCUGAAGUUGCUAACAGCAUUACGAAUGUAGAAGAACCUUGCAUAGAUAUUGUAGAGAACUUUGGAAAAGGAACACUGGGUGGUGUUGCUAGUGACAAUGCAAAUGAAGAAUCUUGCAUAGGUAUUGGGGAGAAGUUUAGGAAAGGGGCAUUUGUUGAAAUUACUAGCGAUGAGGAUGGUUUUCAAGGUGCUUGGUUUGCUGCGACUAUGCUUGAGAAAUUAAGUAGUGAUGAAUACAUGGUUGAGUAUCAGAGUUUAACAAAUGAUGACGGAACAGAACUUUUAAAAGAAAAGGCCAACAUUAAGCACAUACGACCAUUUCCACCUGAGACUGCAGUGGCAGACUAUUACAGUCUGCUGCAGGAAGUUGAUGCUCUGUACAAUGAUGGUUGGUGGGUGGGUGUAAUUUCCAAAGUACUUCAAGGUAAAAAAUACUUAAUCUACUUCAGGGGAACCAACGAGGAAAUGGAAUUUAAUCAUUCUGAUUUGAGGCCACAUCAGGAUUGGAUUGACGGAAAAUGGGUCAUGGCACCAAAGGUGGCGAGGUUAUAAUUUACAAUGAAGAUGCAACUGGUGAUGUAAUAUGCAACAUGUAGCCGCGGAACAAUUUUCAGUGCUUGUAUAUUCCGCAAGCUCAUGGUUAGAAACUGCAUGCACAAUGUUCUCAUCUUCCCAAAGUAAUGGCAUUAGUCUAUGAUGUAUGCUAUGUUGUUGGUAGUAAACCAUGAUGUAAGCUGAUUAUAGACAUGGUAACUAUGCACUGACCAAGAUGAGAGAACAAGUCACUUUUGAAUUCACCAACCCCCCUCCACCUCUUUUCUUACAUGCACUUGAAAUGUUCAACUCAUUGCGUGAGUUAUCAUUUUUAUCAUUAUAAUUUUAUAAAUAUUUUAGAGUUUGAUAGUUCCUUACAA